AUGAUUCACAAGACAUGUCCUUCCCACCUCUCCGUUCUCAGAAAACAUCACCACAAUCACUUUAAUCAACUCUACAAGAAGAUUUUUGUUAAUUCAACCUCUCACUCAACAGAUGAAAAACCCUACUAUUUUGUUCAUGAACAAUCGAUUAAAAAGCCAUUGAUCCGAGUGGCUACUUUUGAUAUGGAUGGCACUUUAACUGUACCUGUUAUUGAUUUUGCCAAGAUGAGACUCUUGACUGGUAUCAGUGCUCCUAUCGAUGUGUUGGAUCAUAUUCAUAGUUUGAAUGAUGAAGAGGAAAAGAAGAGAUUAUUUGAUAUUAUUCAUAGGGUAGAAUCGGAGGCCAAUGACAAAUUGGAAUUUCAACCAUACCUAUUUGAAACUUUGGAUGAAUUGAAAAAGUUACAAUUGGAUGAAAAAUCACCACUGAAACAUUUUGCAAUUGUUACAAGAAAUUCACAAAGUACCUUGCAAUUAUUUAUUGAAAAAUUGGGAAGUAAUUAUUCGGAUUUUUACACAAUAUUACAUGGAAGAGAAUAUUUACCUUACAAGCCAAAUCCUCAAUGUCUUACUCGAAUUGCAGAAGAAUUGAAUGUUCCCAUUGAGAAUAUGAUAAUGAUUGGUGAUUCAUUUCAUGAUAUUGUUUGUGCUAAGAAGGCAGGAGCUCUCAGUUGUCUCUAUACUCAAGAAACUGAUUGGGAUGAUAAGCAUACUGAAUGUGUUGAGAAAUAUGAGCCAGAUUUCAUUUGUCAUGAUUUACGUCACUUGAUUGACAUUGUACAACAUGUAGAAUAG